CUGUGGACUCGGCAACUAAGGACGUGGCGUGCCGACAAGGGUCUGUUGCUUAGCGACUGCUGUCCGGAGAGGUCUUGUGCCGCUGUUCCGUUGGCCCCAACAUAGCGCCCCUUUCCUGACGGAAGGCUGCUGGUGUCUUGUCCAAGUAAAGCUUUGUGGCGCCGUGACGCAGGGACCAUCCUUGAGGAUGAGAGGGAUAGUGGCCAUGGUGGUGCUGGUGACCCUCCUGCAGGUCAACCAAGCGCUGGUAAUCACGAAAUUCGUUAAUUUAUUUCUACAAAAUUAUCUGAAUAAAAUAAGCGACCCGUGGGAGUUGAUGGAGCCGUUAUCUCUGGACCUCAACGUUGAUUAUAUGGCCGACAUGACCUUGACGAUGAACGAGCCGAAGGUGGAGGGCGUUACCACGUUCAACGCGUACAACUGCACCACGACGAACGUCGCAGACGGCAAGAUGGACAUCGUGUUGAACUUCGCCGCUCCGCAGCUGACGCUGUCCUCGGCCGCUUACAUCAUGAACGGCACUCUGGUCGACCACAUCAACUUGGAGGGACGAGGACCGGCCGAAAUCGUUAUCGAGAACUUGGAUAUCAAUAUAGAAGGAAAAGGCUUCAUCGACUACAGGGUCAGCAGCUUUUAUCUGAACUUCGAUAACGCUUCCCUUAAUCUGGAAAUGAGACGCUGGACGGUGAACUUCGAGGGCGUGAUGCCCGGGACGGACCUGGGCACGCUGUUCAACGAGUUCUUCAGCGCCCACGGCCAGGAGCUCCUCGACAUGCUCGAGAUCAGAAUCAGCAACGGCAAGUUAGUCGACUUUAUCAACGGCUUGUUCGAGCGGUCGACUUCCUCUCCUGUGCCUACAACCUCUUCUGGUGCCCCUUCUACUCCUGUGUCUACGGCCCCUUCUACUCCUGUGCCUACGGCCUCUUCUGGUGCCCCUUCUACUCCUGUGCCUACGGCCUCUACUGCUCCACCUACACCUACCGCCCCUGCCACCGAGGCGUUUAACGAGACAAUUCCAGCCACGGAAACUUCCCUGCCACCUGAGCCUUAAGACAAGUAAACAUCAGAGAGGAAGCAGCUUUACACGACCUAACACCACACUCACUCCAUACAUCUACCACCUACGGGGUAUACUCAUGCCCGUGUCACCUCUUGUGGUGGUUUAAUCUUCAUCAAUCAAUCAAUCGAGACAGUUGCCAGCGCUGGAAGAGCUCUGCAACAACACACAUACACACACUUGAGAUGCAGUUUGUCUUGCAUGUGCGACUGGCUGAUGAGAGGCGUGACAAAUAUACUUAUCUUAAAA